UCCGUUUGUUUCCUGGUUAUACAGCUGAUAAACUUACUAACCAAAUCAUGCAAAUAGUUCCCCUGUAUAUCUAAGCCGAAUGUCCAAGAAUGAACGCAAAUAUGGCGCCGAUAUCAACGUUAUUUUGCUGGUAUUUUGGGUUCAUGUGUAAUGUGAAUGCUUCUCAAGCUGCACUGGUGCAAACUGGCCACACCAAUCCACUCAAGAACCACCAACCUCACCACCCCGCCACAGACGAAAAUGACAGAUUUCCACAACAGGACAUUGUGCCCUACUCAAACUCGACGCAGCAUUACUCCGUGUCGAUUAACACUAGUAAGGCGAUACACAUCGUUGAUCGCCGAUACCUUUCAACAGGUUUCGGUGCGAGCUCCGUCACAAAGAAAUUCAAUUUGAAGGGUUUCGAUCCAAAGUCAGUCAUCCUCCAAACGUUGUUACGAGGACUUUCUCCUGCUAUUUUACGUGUCGGAGGGAGGUCGGGAGAUGAGGUAAUAUUUGCUCUGAAUGGUUCUUCCAAUACCAUCCCUCAUCCCUGGAUAAAUGUCAAUCAUUUUCUCACAGGGGAACAGUGGAGGAAUCUAAACGAAUUUUGCUUAAAGAGCAAAGUGGAUCUUGCAUUCACUUUGAACUUGGCUUUGAGGAAAGGCGAUGCCUGGGACCCGACUAACGCUAAGCAACUCCUAGAUUUCAAUGCCAACCUUGGAUAUCGUGUCAUCUGGGAAUUGGGAAACGAACCGAAACGCUUCAGAAAAAAUUACAACAAGACGAUAAUAGCUCGUCAGUUAGCCAAGGACUUCAUCACACUCCGAGGCAUCUUGUCUGAGGAUAGAUACAGGUAUAGCAACGAGUUGGUAGGACCGGACAUGGACCAUCUUCCAAUACGGGACUGCAUCACUAAUUUAAAACCAGAGUUUUCACCAAGUUCGAGCGAGUAUCUACAAAGGUUCCUUGAGCACGCUGGUGAUGCUAUCAAUGCAACCACUGUUCAUUUCUACAAUAUUGACCCUGAUAACAGAACUUCCGUCGAUAAUUUCACCGAUCCAGAUAUCCUCUUGAGAACAAGAUGCGAGCUCGAGAAGUUUCGUCAGACCAUGAGAGAUUCCAUGCCUACGGGCUCCCGAGAAAAAUGGUUAGGCGAGACAUCCACUGUUUCUAGUGGCGGUUUGGAGGGUGUUUCAAAUCGAUAUGUCGCCGGUUUUCCCCUACUUCAUAACCUGGGGCUGGCAGCUGAAAUGGGGGUGUCGGUGUUUAUAUACUGGAACUUAUUCAAUGCCGGUUACUCCUUGCUGAAACCUAUUUCCGACCACUACACACCCACACCACUCUAUUGGGUUUGCUUUCUUCACAAACGACUUCUCGACACCCACGUUUUAUCUGUAUCAUACAAAAUUGACGGAUCCAGUGACGAAAUGAGAGGUAACGAAAAGAACAGGUCUUUCGUCUACGUAUUCGCUCAUUGUACAAAGACAACCCAAUCAUAUCCUGCCGGUGCUGUUACAAUCAUCGCAGUGAACCUGUACAACGACACCGAGGCAUCUUUAAACUUAACUGAGAAUUUGAUGAAUAAGAAUAUAGACGAGUAUCUCUUGACUGCACCAGAAGGAAUCCUCACCAGCAAGAAUAUCAGUCUGAACGGCCGAGUGUUGCAAAUGAAGAACUUUACCCAUUUCCCAGAUAUCACCCCACGCCCUCUACCGGUAGGAUCGCCCAUACUUCUUCCUCCAAGAACGUAUGGAUUCUACGUCAUCAAAGACGCUGAGGCUGCAGCAUGCCAGGAAAAGGAACUGAAAGCUGAUGGUGGAUUCAAGAUGCAAACGAACAGAUAGACGUGUCAGAUGCGGGUGAAUAUCGGAGGGGGUCGGAAAAAGUCGUAGGUCAUUAUAGUCCCCAUUUUUGGAGACACCUUAUAUUAAAGGUCAAGUCCACCUCAGAAAAAUGUUGAUUUGAAUCAAAAGAGAAAAAUCAGACA